AAGACAUCUAGGGGUUCGGCAAGCUCUAAAAAGAAGCAACUUUAGUUUUAGGGUGCUGCACUGUCGGAACCCUUGCCCCAAUUUGUUAGCAUCACUGCGUUUUCAUUACCGGGAUGCCGCAAAAGCCGAGUGUUUCAACGGAGCUGACGCUAGGAGAUGACUCAACGACAGCACAGCCCUUCUCCCACGGCGACUCGGACGCCGCGGCCGGCAGCGACCCCGUAACUGCCGCGGUGGCCGCAGCCGCCGGCUCGCUGCCGCCCAUCAGCCUUGAGAAAUGGGAGGAGCCGCCUGAGUGGCUGAAGCAAGUGAACCGGGGCGCGGGCAUCAUGUUCAACAGCGGCGUGGUGGCGCUGCUGCGCGCCUACAUGAACCCCCCGCCGCCAACGGUGGUGCCGGAGCCGGGGACGCCUGGUGUGCCCGAGUGGUUCACAGAGGAGUACGAGCAGCGCACUCGGGGUCGGCGGCUGGCGGCGCGGGUGGCUCGCGACACUGCGGUAUUCAUGGCGGGCUGCUACAUCAUGGACUGGGUGGAUUCCGCCAUGGAGAAGAUCCGCGGCGUCAAGGACCCAAUGAACAAGGUCAUGGGCGGCAUCGCGGCGGGAGGACUCAUCGGGUUCAGCUGGUAUCCGCUGGACCCCCGCGCGCGGGCGCUGGUGACCCUGUGCGGCGGCGCUGUGGGGUUUGUGACGCACGUGACUGAUACGGCCUCCACCGCCUACCUACUCGCGCAGCAGCGGAGCCUGGAGAAGAAGCUGCUUCACAAGCCUGACGCGGAGCUCAAGACCGAGAUGAACCCCUACUACCUGCGGGCGCUCAUCCGGGCGCAGCAGCUGAGGGAGCUGCAGAUCGCGAGGAAGGCGGCGGCCCAGAUCGACGCCCUGGACAGCAUCACAGCCAACCCCAACCCCAACGCCCCCACCCGACCGCCCUCCUUCGCCGCCUCCGGCAUCACCGCCGCCGGCAGCAGCGGCUCAACCUCCGGCUCGGGCUCGGGCUCGGGCAACGACCGCGGCGUUCUGGUGAUCAAUGAAGAUGCGGGAUCGCCCACAGAGGAGCCCAAGCAGGAUGAGGAGGCGGCAGCAAGCAGCGGCAGCGGGGCGCAGCAGCGGAGACGCUGAGGGGUCAGUUGCCAGCCACACACAGGGCCGUCCAUCACACUGAGGCCAUGAUAGACCCCGAGUUGAGCUGAGCGUGUGUCAAGCCGGUGUUGGAAUGGGAGGCGCUAGCGCCGCAGCGCACGGCAUGAUGAGGCACAAGGCGCGGUUGAGUGGGGAGGCGGGCAUGCGGCUGGCCUGUGCGGCUGGCCCGCAAGCUUAUAAUGUGCCAUACGAGUAUGUGUUGCUUUGUUGCAGUUGUUUGUUUAUGCUGCUGCACGCGCGGCGUGUGUCAUAUGCAAGGCAUGGAGCAUGCCCCAUGGGGACAGCUCGGCGUCCAUGUCUGAAGAACGCGCCCCUGCAUUCAAGCGCCACGCACCCGCACGCGGGACUCAUCGUGCGAAUGAAUGGACUAAUGUGGCUGGCCGUAGCCAAAGUGCAAGUUCAGCUGUGUGCGCAUUGGUAGGGGCAGCGCUAGGGGCAGCGGGCCCGGCCGCUCAGCCACGCUUUGACCCUCAGGCCCAAUGGCUGUGCCGUAGGCCCGUGCCGCCCUGUAGCGGCCAUGUUGGCAGUUGACGUGGUGUUGCUGUGGCCUGCUGCCUACUUGCCCGUGUGGCCCAGGCAGCACGAGUAGCAGGCCGGGGCGAUGUGCACCAGCAAGCAAUGGGAGUGGGAGGGGCGGCGGGACGGGCUCACGGGCGGCAGUGGCCAUGGCGGCGCAGACACGCGCUGGCAUAUAGUUGGGGCAAUAGGCCGGGCCCUAGCUACCACCUGCCGGGGUCCUGGAUACUGACUCACAUAUGAAACAGGGCCGGUGUGCGCCCUGAUGCAACUAGAACGUGCA